UCCGCUAUGGACAGCGAGAGUGAUGUGGAUUUUUCUAGCAACGGCUUAACUCCUUUAUGGCGGAGGCGGUCAACUCCGCAGCCUCAGUUGCUGGGCCGGAGCAAGCCGAGGCCCCAGUCCUACCAGAGCCCCAGCGGGUUGCUGAUCACGGAUUUCCCAGUGGAGGACCGAGGGACGCUCCCCGGCGUGCAGACUCCUACCCAGGUACCCACCGCUUCUGAGGGCAGGACAGUCCAGGGCACCCCCCUGUUGCUGUGUACUCAUCGGAGGGUGGUGACCAAUGGGAGGACCGUUUCCCCGGAAUACAGAGCUGUCUCUCCUCGGCUCCGACGGCCCAAGUCUCCCCAGCCUCCCAAAGCGUUGUCAGGGGGCUCCCCGAAAUCCCCAGCGAAUGGCACGGUGACCUCGCCCAUGCCGCAGCCGCUGCGCCCCCAGCGGACUCCUAACUCGCCCGCCUGCUGUGGCCGGGAGGGAGACCUGACCGGAUUGACCACCAGCCCCCUGCUUUUGCCUGCUGCAAAUGGGCUCAUCCCUGACGUCGACUCCCCCGGCUCUGGUCCGCAAUCCGGCCAGACGACUACGGACCCUGAGCCGGGACCCUCAAAACUCUCUCCUGCGCCCCAGAAAAGAUCUUUGGAACCAAAACUCCCCCUCCAAAGGCUGCCCUCACGGGAGAACGAGCUCCCAGAGAACCCUUCAGUGGUUUUGAGCACAAACAGCCCGGCCGCCCUCAAAGUGGGGAAGCAGCAAAUCAUUCCGAAGAACCUGGCCUCGGAAAUUAAAAUAAGUAAAUCCAACAGUCAGAAUGUGGAGCCCCACAGGAGGCUCCUCAAGGUACGCAGCAUGGUGGAGGGCCUCGGAGCGCCCCUGGGCCCCGCAGAGGAUGAGGGCGAGGCGGAGAACGACGUGGACAGUCCUGGGUCUCUGCGGAGAGGCUUGCGGUCCACGUCCUAUCGCCGGGCGGUGGUCAGUGGCUUUGAUUUUGACAGUCCGACCACUUCAAAGAAGAAGAACAGAAUGUCCCAGCCCGUUCUGAAAGCGGUGAUGGAAGACAAGGAGAAGUUUUCCAGUCUGGGAAGGAUAAAAAAAAAAAUGCUGAAAGGACAAGGAACAUUUGAUGGGGAAGAAAAUGCUGUCCUGUAUCAGAAUUACAAAGAAAAGGCUCUUGACAUUGACUCUGAUGAAGAGUCGGAGCCCAAAGAACAGAAGUCAGAUGAAAAAAUUGUGAUUCACCACAAGCCACUGAGAUCCACAUGGAGCCAGCUUUCUGCGGUGAAAAGAAAUGGAUUAUCGCAGACAGUUAGCCAGGAGGAAAGAAAGAGACAGGAGGCUAUCUUUGAAGUCAUAUCCUCUGAACAUUCAUAUUUACUCAGUUUGGAGAUCUUGAUACGGAUGUUUAAAAAUUCUAAAGAACUGAGCGAUACUAUGACCAAAACAGAGAGUCACCAUCUUUUCUCUAACAUUACGGAUGUCUGUGAGGCAAGCAAAAAAUUCUUUACGGAGUUGGAAGCAAGACAUCAGAAUAAUAUCUUCAUAGAUGACAUAAGUGACAUUGUGGAAAAGCACACAGCGUCCACAUUUGACCCGUAUGUGAAAUACUGCACAAAUGAAGUCUACCAACAACGGACACUGCAGAAAUUGUUAGCCACCAACCCAUCUUUUAAAGAAGUACUGUCACGAAUUGAGUCCCAAGAAGACUGUAGGAACUUACCCAUGAUCUCCUUCCUCAUUCUCCCCAUGCAGAGGGUGACUCGCCUGCCCCUGCUGAUGGACACUAUCUGUCAGAAAACACCUAAGGACUCUCCGAAGUAUGAAGUCUGCAAAAGAGCCUUAAAGGAAGUGAGCAAGCUGGUUCGACUGUGCAACGAAGGAGCUCGGAAGAUGGAAAGGACUGAAAUGAUGUACACCAUUAACUCCCAGUUGGAAUUUAAAAUUAAGCCCUUUCCUCUAGUCUCCUCUUCCCGGUGGCUGGUGAAAAGAGGUGAAUUGACAGCUUAUGUGGAAGACACUGUACUCUUCUCAAGAAGGACAUCUAAACAGCAAGUCUACUUCUUCCUCUUUAAUGACGUGCUCAUUAUCACCAAGAAGAAGAGUGAAGAAAGUUACAACGUCAAUGAUUAUUCCUUAAGAGAUCAGCUAUUGGUGGAAUCUUGUGACAAUGAAGAGCUUAAUUCUUCUCCAGGGAAGAACAGUUCCACAAUGCUUUAUUCAAGACAGAGCUCUGCCAGCCACCUCUUUACUCUGACAGUCCUUAGCAAUCAUGCGAGUGAGAAAGUGGAAAUGCUGCUAGGGGCUGAGACGCAGAGCGAGCGGGCCCGCUGGGUCACCGCCCUGGGACACAGUAGCGGGAAGCAGCCUCUGGACCGAACCUCACUGACCCAGGUGGAAAUCAUUAGAUCGUUCACUGCCAAACAGCCAGACGAACUCUCCCUACAGGUGGCGGAUGUGGUUCUCAUCUAUCAACGGGUCAGCGACGGCUGGUAUGAGGGAGAACGGCUGCGAGAUGGAGAGAGAGGCUGGUUUCCUAUGGAAUGUGCCAAGGAGAUAACCUGUCAGGCUACCAUUGACAAGAACGUGGAGAGAAUGGGACGCUUGCUAGGGCUGGAAACCAACGUGUAGCCUCUCGACCGCCUUCCGUUACCGUGAGAUUUGCACUACAUCACAGUGGGCUGCUUGGCUCUGGGCCGGCUUUGUUGUGGAUUUUAACACAGCCUGUUUGAUGAAAAGAAUGAAAACACUUGCCUUUAAGCUUGCCACGUGGUUAUGCUCUCUCAGAACAGCUUCCCAAUACAGUGAGUUCUCAAGGUGCGGUGUACACACAGCCGUCCACUUGCGAACUUCCUUAGGUCCACAGAUAGCUGAGCAGCCCACUUCAGGGACCACACAGCCUCCCAGCUCCUUCCAGGUUCACCAUUUUCUGGCGUUAAAAAUGUAUAUUAGAUGAGGAAAGAACACUUUCCUCACUUUGCCAAGGAUGUUACUGUCUGUCUUCUAGCAUUUCCUUUAUAUGGUUUUCCCAGUAUUAGCAAGAGUUGUUUUUAAGGAAUGCCCAGUUUUGUAAAUAUUUUUUCUUCCUCUUGUAUUUUAGAUGAUUCUAAUGCUAUGAGGACAGCUGGUAGAGCUCAAAAGGUGAGCUGCUGAGUUUAUCUAAACUUCUUCCCAGGAAAGGGAAAUUGACACUUGAAUUUUUGCCACCUCUUUCCAUCCUUAGGAGAGAAGCUUACUUAGAUUUUCUUUUUACAUCCCUUUCACCCAAUAUUGGUAUAGGCUGAUAAAACUCAAGCUACUCUAAUAAGAUAGAAUUUAGAUGGUUCACCUAAGUGACAAAAUCCUGACUGUUUGACAGGGGUCAUACUUUUUUUUUUUUUAAUAUUCCCAAAGGAGCUGAUAAACGUCAUGACAUGAGGCUGCUUUGCCUUUAAUAAUUUUGCCUUUUGUAAUUUCUUUACUAUUUUUGACUGUUCUACUCCUGUUUCCAAAGAGGCAGUUGGCUGAAAUAAAGUCUCAAGGAAGAUAAAAUUUAGGCCUCACCGAGGUAUCAGGAUGCCAGCUUGGUACCUAAUCAAAGCAUAACGUAUUGAUCUUCAUGGGAAUCCAUUUUAUAUGUACUAAGGGUCUUGCUUGCUCGCUUUGGAGGAUCUCUUAUCUGUGGGUGUCUGCAGAACUUCAUUUUUUCUAUUGGUGCAAGGAGAGAGAAAGACCAUUUUAAUAGUACAUUUUAUACACCGGGAGUGAGGGUUUGGAAGACAGAGAGGGGGGAAAGUAAUUUUUACUGGCAGCUAUGUUCCUCUCUACUCCAUUUUCUU